AUGAGUCAUCCGAAUGACGAUCAAAUUUUUAUGCGAGAUUGGCGUGAGGAUUUCACUAUAGAAGAAGCACAUGUGUCUAAUUCAAACUCAACUACUGAUGUUCAAUCGGAUCGUCGUACAAACCCUCGUCUUCUCAUAAAAACUAUAGUUGAUGAUUCUCCAAAAGAUCUUCUUCCAAUCAUUGACUAUGCUCUAGAACCUCUUCUCCCUCUACGGGACGCAUGUUUACCUUUAUCUUCAAUUGUUUCUGAGUUGGAAAGUUACGUAGAACUUGCUCUUGAUAAAUCUCGACAACCAAACGAUGAUCUUACACAAGACGAAUUAGCAGCAAUUUAUCUAUAUACAGUAGAAUGGAGGAACGGACAAAUUAGUCUUUAUACUAUUUUAAAUAAAGCUCUAAGAAAUACAUCUGAUCGAGAUGAACUUCGACCAUGGUACAAAUAUUUAAAACUUUUCUUGACAGCUCUUGCUAAAUUACCUUUUGUUCCAGCUCAAGUUGUUUGGCGUGGUGUCAAAAGAAAUAUCAGUGCAGACUUUGCUCCUGGUUCUCAAAUAAUUUGGUGGUCGUUUUCGUCUUGUACUACUUCACUUAAAGUGCUUGAAUCAAAUCUUUAUUUGGGUGGUACUGGUGAAAGAACAUUAUUUUCAAUUGAAACAAUCAAUGGAAAAUCAAUUGAGUCCUAUUCAGCCUUUAAUACUGAAGAUGAAGUGCUUCUUCUUCCUGGUACAUACAUGGAAGUUCAAUCACAAUUAAAUCCAGCACCAGAUCUUUAUAUAAUUCAUUUGAAACAGAAAAUACCUCAAAAAAUUCUACUGGCACCUCCUUUCAACGGUGCAGAUCUCUAUCCAAAGAUGGAACUAGCACGACCAUGGUACAAAACGAAAAUUUGCAAAUUUAGCACAGGUAUCUUUAUGCUUAUUUGUAUUGCUGUUGUUAUACUUGGUGCUGUUCUUGGAAAUGGAACAACACGUAUCGGCAGCCCCAUUUCUUCAAAUACUACUUACUUUCUUUAUGCUCAAACAAUGCUUGAUCAAGUCUCAAUAUCAUAUCAUCUGAAAAAUGCAAGUGAAUUAUUACGUGAAGCAUCAUUACUUUUUCACUAUCAAUUCAAAAAUUCCAGUAAUAUACAUGAUGAUUCUGGUCCGAAUGCAAUACAAGCGCAUAGUCAAAAUGUAUAUUAUUCUCAAGAUGGACUUUAUUUUAAUACAACAACUUCAUUUUUCAAAACUUCAGAAUUUACUAUUAUUCAAUUAAAUGGCUAUACAUAUUCAAUUGCAUUUUGGAUUCAAAUUUCUGAUAUUGACUUGUUAAUGGAUACCCAAUCAAUACUGCUUUUUGAAUUAAAAGCUAAAACUUCACUUGGUGCACUUGAAUACAGUUGUUUUUCUUAUUUUUAUUGGCAAUAUAAUGUUUUCCAUUAUAAACUUUUACGUUCUCAGCUUGGUCUUACAAUUUCUACUAGUAAUGACACGACUCACUUCGAAAUGAACAAAUGGUUUCACAUAACAGUGAUUGAUUCACCGACAAAUGGAAUCUUUAUUUAUGUUAAUGGUCAGCUGAGUGGAUUCGACAAUACCACCAGUACUAUCAGUACUACAUAUAGACUUGAUAUGACAUUAGGUACACCGAUAAUCGAUCAAUCACAUCCAAAUAACUGGCCUUGCUUUGACUCGUUAAUACGAGCUCAGUGGAAAGGAACUAUGCAUGAUAUUAGAUUUUAUGCUCGUCAAUUUGAUCAAAGUGAAAUUCUUGAUAUUAUCAAAAAUCAAAAGAUGACGAGUCAAAAGUGA